AUGACACCAAUGGCUACCAAUGAUGAAAAAUACUGUUGCUAUCGGGAUUCAGUAUUGAAGGGAGAUUUUGUGAAUCAUGAACUAUCAGAAAAUUUAGACUCGACAAACGCAUUUGAAGGCCCAGAGAAACUUUUAGAAAUUUGGUUUGCUCCCUCUGAUUUGUGCCUCCCAAUCAGCUGGCCUAAAAUGGGACUUAGAGAUAUUCCGUUAUCUGGAAUUGAGCAUAUGCUCUCGGAAGUAAAUUGUGAAAUAAUCUCAAGGGUAUCUUCUCAGAUGAUGGAUGCCUACUUGCUAUCGGAGUCGUCUCUUUUUGUUUUUGCACAUAAAUUGAUAUUGAAGACCUGCGGAAGAACCACCACUUUAUUCUCGCUAGAACCGUUGCUCAAGUUGGUAAGGAAAUACUGCAGAUAUGAACAUGAUCUAUCUGAAAUAUACAGAGUGUUUUAUUCUCGAAGAACGUUCAUGUUUCCCGAGAAGCAGCACGAUAUUCACAAGAAUUGGCCGAACGAGAUAAUUUUCCUGAACAAAUAUUUCAACCAGAAGACAUCCGACUCGUACAUAGUUGGAAAUCUGUCUCUUGAUCACUGGCAUUUCUAUAUGAAUGGAAAUGAUAGAUCACUACCCAUGCUGAAAAACGGUGCUCAGGAAAAAGAAAUACCAGAUGAAACUCUAGAAAUCAUGAUGACCGGGUUGGAUCCUGAAAGAACAGAUCUUUUCGAAAAGGACAACUAUGGAGCUGGAAAGGACAACAAUGAAAAAUGCGAAGAUACAGGACAUUCGUUUGGCCGACAAAUGAUGCAAAACACAGGAUUUGAAAACAUCAUGAAUCUUGCCGAAGGACAAAUAACGAAACACGACUCGUUUGCUUUUACGCCAUGUGGGUUUUCGUCUAACACUAUCUUGGAGGAUAAAUACUACUAUACGAUUCACAUAACUCCAGAGAAAGGAUGGUCAUAUGCAUCAUUUGAAACAAAUUAUCCAAAAGAUGACAAGGCCACAACUUUGACUAAAGUGAUUGGGUCAUUGCAACCAAAAACGUUCUUUUUUACUUUUGUUCAAGAGUCAGGCGAGAGCUCUGAGGUGAGUAUCAAUAGACAGUCGUUCAAUUCACUAAAAAGCUUAGAUUUACAAGGCUAUAGGAAGGAUGACUGUAUUGUGUAUGAUCUCAGAUUUGGAUAUCAGAUGCUCUAUUGCCAUUUUGUUAAGAAUAAAUUUAAUUAG